AAAAAUACUUUGUUUUGCAAGUUAUCUUUACAACACUGUAUGUAACUCUGCCCUACAUCCAGUCCUGUGAGUUUACACUGAGUGCGUGCAGAGCAUGGAAAACGUGACACACUGAAAACGUGACACAUUUAUGUUACACAUACUUUCUGUGGUGUUUCGAAAGACAUUUAGAUGCUUUUCUGAUUCACAUUCAGUGAGUAAUGUUCAACUGCACAAUUCUUUGUUGUAUAUUUUUAGAGGAAUGAUGUGGCUUCCUGUAAAUGUCCUGUGUUUUGGGUCUGACCACAGUGAUGGUGAGAAAUACCGAGUGAGUGAGUUUUAGUGCUUAAGUCUGGAAUAUUCCACAGCACAAGCUGCACCAAGUGUUUAUGAGUACAGUGUGUGUGUACACAGCAGAUACUCCUCUGCAUAUUUUCUGCUUCAUUUCCAAAGCACAGUUCAACAUCAGAAGGACAAACUGUACAACUCCUCCUACUUUGUGUCUGUCUCAGUCUCUCCAGUUCACAUACACACCACAAGUUAAUACUGACUCUCAUAUUUUUUUAUUUUUUUUUUAAAUCUAAUUAUUUCUUUUUGUUGUUGUUUUUUAUUUUUUUUAUCUCUAGAUGUUCUGAAAAACACCUGGGCAUAAUCUUAUAGAUAAAGUUAAACCCAAUCCUCUGUAAAGCCACCACAUCAUUGUGUAGUUUUUUCUUGUGUUUCCUUUCUCUGGUUUAUUGUUCUCAGCACUUGUGUUUUCUCUUUCCUCUUGGUUUUCUCAUGAGCUGGUUCUUGGCUCUAAGUAUAACUGAAGUCAUGUGAGAGUGAAGUACUUGGUACAGUAAAUAUUUGAAUUAUAAGCUCAGCUAAGCAGUCCUCAACUAGCAGCUUUACGCUAUAAAAACAUCCCUCUAUCACUCUUUCUGAGUUAGACUGAGGUCAGAGCCACCGUGAUCUGAGACAACCCUGUUUAAAAUUAACUUUGCAUUAUCAGGCCAUCAUACUUUGCACUCUCACCAUGACCGAUUUAUUUAUGUAGAUUAUAUAUCAAUAUCUAAUCUAUGAAUCCAAUACUUUCUCUUCUUUUUUUCUCUUUGAUCACUUUCUCAGGCAUGCUAGGUAUGUACUUGUCUAGACUGAAAACACAAAAACAUUCAAUGCUGUAUAGAGUUCUUCAGUCUGUUGCUACUUUUUUUAAUGGUUGGAGUGGUUCGUAAGGCUAAUCCAUGUGCCUCUGCAUACAUGAGCAAACAUGAGAUGAUGUGUUAAAUGAAUAUUAAGAACAGUUUUACAGUGUAACAUCAGAAGAUAGAUAGAUAGAUAGAUAGAUAGAUAGCAUUCUGUAGUACAGUAGCUGUUUUUGUCCUUGUCUUUGUUUGCUAAAUUUGCUCUGAAUAAUAAUAGUGAAAUUAUUUGUUUUUUGUAGAUGUAGGCAAUGCCAUUUCUCAUUCAUUCAUCUUUAGUAACUGCUUCCAUGGAAACCUCUUUUCAACAUCUGAGCUGUUUGUUUCUGUGAAAGUAAGACAUGUUUUAUGAAUAAUUGGCGUCUACACACUAAUAUGGUGAUCCUGAUCCUGAUUCCUCUAAGGUACACUAACAGCUACCUAGUUCAAUAUAGCAAUGCAGUUAAACAAUCUGAAAGUAAAGACUACUUUGACUCUUAACUUAUACACUACCUCAGAUCACAGUUCCACCAACAAAUCCUUUCUAUUUAUAAUGAGGAUGGGGAUGAUUAGGAGGAGGAGGAAGCAUAUACUGUAUAAGCUAAUAUAGAAGACAUUUAAUUUGCCCUUAAAACUAACACAUGCAAUGAUAAAGUGGGAAGUACUUGUAAUGUAAUCAUUUAUUAUAGGCUGCUAUACUGCAUUUUAUUUAAUCUGAGAUUUCUAUACAACCACAAGGCACAUUUUUCCAUUUCUUCCAGUACUUUCUUAAACUGAUUUGUGGAGCAUUACAUAUGCAUAUGAGCCCACUACACAGAUUUGGUGUAUUGUGUGUAAUAUUAGAGGAAAAUAUGGUAUCUGUGAAUGUUGUUUGUGCACUGUUACACUGUCAGAAAAAAAUAGUACUAAACUAUACCUUUGCUUCAUUCAGGUGGUACCCACAAGGGUACAUAUUUUUGUGUCUUUAAUAUCUUUCAUGCAGAAAUGGGGAUAUCCUGUACCUUUAUAAUUUUCUGAAAUAUCAUAAAUGUGCCACAAUUACUCUUUUAGAGUAAAACUUAAAAUAAAUGCUCCAUGCACCUAUAGGUAAAAGAUACAUACUAAAGGUACAAAAUAUGUUAGAAAUUGGCCCCCCCAGCAACAUAGAACAGUACUGUUUUUUGUUUUGUUUAUGUUUUUUUUGUUUUGUUUUUUCUGAGAGUGUACCUAUCAUAGCUGAUGUUAUUGAUGAAUAGUUAUUGAUGUUAUUGAGUUUUGAUUGUUAUCGUAUACUUUGACAGGUUUGACUACUGUUAUAUAAUUAUGAUGAUGCAAAUUGAAUAUCUACCUGUGAAAUUUAAUGUCAUGUGGGUUUUCAAUUGGCAUGUCAUACUUGCCAUUCAUUAGCAUUCAUAAAUACUAUCAUUUUUAAUCAGGGUGAAUGUGUAGAGAUGUUAAAUGGUCAUUUUAGUCCUUUCAUUAUCAUUAAAACGUUAAAAAAUAUAUUAUAUAUAGAUCACUGUAAUGGUUUAAGAUUGCAUAGUCAGUGGAAUAGUUCAUACAUUUCUGUUCCCUUGUGUAUUUAAUAUUGACUGUAUUUAAUAUUGACCUGUGGGACGCGUUUUCAAAAUAUGCCCUGCACAUUUGUCCCUCUCAGGCUCCCGUACAAGGCCUGCUCCAUUAGCUAACUAACCCGAUUCAAAACCGUAAAUAAAGCUUCUAAACAGAGGCUCAAUGGCUUUAGUGUCUGCAGAUACCAAAAUUGCUGAGCUGCUGACUGAGCUCCAUCAACUAAUCAAACAAACCCAGGAGGAGCGCUCACGCAGUGAACACAACCUACUCAACAUCCAGAAAACACAUGAAAGGAUGCAGACAGAAAACAAAACUUCUCCAUACUAUCGGACAAAGCUGCGUGGACUGUACACCACUGCAAAAGCAGAUGCAGAGGCUGAAUGCAGUAUAUUGCGCCAUGCUCUUGACAAGAUUGCAGAAAUUAAAUCACUGCUGGAGGAGAGACGUAUUGCUGCAAGGAUGGCAGGGGUGUACAGCGAUAGUGACCCACCCAGAAAGACCAUGCGCAGAGGUGUUCUGAUGACCCUGUUACAGCAGUCUGCAAUGACGCUUCCAUUAUGGAUCGGCAAACCGGGUGAAAGUCCACCCCCUCUGUGUGGAGCGACACCUGCAAGCAGUGACUACGUGGCUAAGCAAGGGGAUAAGGUGGCAGCUCGGGUAAAGGCUGUGGAUGGUGAUGAACAGUGGAUCCUGGCUGAAGUGGUCAGCUACAACCACUCCACCAACAAGUAUGAAGUCGAUGACAUUGAUGAGGAAGGAAAGGAGAGACACACUUUAAGUCGAAGAAGAAUCAUCCCACUGCCACAGUGGAAAGCCAACCCAGAGACAGACCCUGAGGCACUGUUCAGCAAAGAUCAGCUGGUGCUGGCCCUCUACCCACAAACCACCUGCUUCUACAGAGCCCUGAUUCAUAACCCCCCACACCGGCCCCAGGAUGACUACUCGGUGCUGUUUGAGGACACGUCCUAUGCAGACGGAUAUUCACCACCUCUCAAUGUAGCCCAAAGAUACGUAGUGGCCUGCAAGGAGAACAAGAAAAAGUGAGCAAAAGGAUGGAAUGGAUGAAGAUCUGGACCUGAUUAAGUGGUCUUUAAGUAGGAGGACUGGUGUAGAAUCAGACUCCUGCUGCAUAUAAUCACUAUGUCACCAAAUGGAUCUGAGACCACGACACAAUCUGAAAUGACCAGCUCUGAUGUAAAUGUACCUGGGAUGGCCGAAAUAUGUCUUUAUAUUUGUACAUGACUCUUGAAGUAUCGUUGGUGUGAACAGUGAAUUCGUAUAAUUUGGGAUCAUACGUGUAUUUUGUACAACAUUCCUGUCAGUGAGGGCCAAAUAAAACAACUACAGAUAUACAGUGUAACAAAAUAAAGGAGAAAAACUUUUUCGA